UGGCCUAUGAAACUCUAAAUAUGUACACACAUUUUAUGAAUGAUAGUUGUGAUCUUUCCAUUUUGGGGAGGUAUCUUGUGGGUUCUCUAGGCACCUUGGAACCCUAACUUGUGUGCAGCAGAGCAGCUUUGACGAGCUCACAUGGCUUCCUCAAUGCACUUUCUCUUGGACUGAGGUGGCUUGGCUCUCUUCUACUUGGAACUCUCCUCCACACUCAACAUGCAUCUCGAGGGAGAUGGAGGAAACCCUACCCGUCGCCGGUUAGUCCUCCAGUGGACCACAUGGCAGAGCUGUUCAAUCUCUUGCACCCAGGAAAAUAAAAAGGAUACGGCAGUCAGCUCCCAUCGAUGCUCUCACAUCUCUUGCUUCAAUGGAGCUUCCUCUUCACCUCUGUGAAAAGCUGCUGUAACCGUGCGUGAUUGAUUGCAAGCAAACAAAUGCAAUCGCUUGAUACUGUUUUGUUGCCUCUACAAAUGCUUCAAUGUCUGGCAAUCAGAAAGAAGAACCCAAUGACUGGCCACAAGCACUGUUGACAAUUGGGACAUUAGGCAACAAUGAUCUGAAGGAAGAAUCUCAUAGAGUUGAGUACUCCCAAGACUUGGAUUCCUCACAAGAUUUAUCGGACUUCACGAUCGAAGAGGUUAACAAACUACAGAAAGAACUAAAAAAGCUUCUGACACGCAAGUCGAAACUCAAGUCCAAUGGAUCGGAGAUCGGUGAAGAAGAUCGAGCUAACCUGCCACUGAACAGAUUCCUGAAUUGCCCGUCAAGCUUGGAGGUCGAUAGGACAGCAAACACAAAGCAUGAGUGCUCGGAAAAUGAGAACAAUGGUGACCUCUCGCCGAAUACCAAGAUCAUGCUAAGCAAAUUGAGAGAUGCUUUGUUGGGCAACCGCAACACGAUCAAGAAGAAAUCCAUCUCCUUUCUUCUCAAGAAGGUGUUUGUAUGCGGUGGUGGCUUUGCACCAGCUCCGAGCUCUAGGGAUCCCGCGCCUGAAUCAAGGAUGGAGAAGAUCUUGAGGGCAAUUCUUGCCAAGAAGAUGUCCCAACCAAACUCUGCUCCAGCUUCAUCAGAGAAGAAAUACUUGGAGAAUAAACCAGCUGAGAGAACAAGGGAAGGAGAAGAGGAAGAUAAGAAGAAAGCUCAGUGUAAAUGGGUCAAGACAGAUUCAGAGUUCAUUGUUCUAGAGAUCUAGAGACCAAUUGACAAAGAUGAUCUCGGUAAGUUCUCAAAAGCUCUUCAUUCUUAACUCGAUUUUGUCUAAUUUCCGGGUUCAUGCAGGUGUAAAGUUCUAUACAUGAAGGAAAACCUCAAUGUUACAUAGAAUAAGAAACACAUGCAAACAUGCAUUGGAUUGUUACAGAGUAGCAGUAUGGUCGACGAAUUCUGUUGAUAAACUUGCAAAGGCUAAGUCGAAGAAGGUUCGGUUGUGCCGUGGUGACAAUCAAAUUGAACAUUUCUUACCAUUAACUUUCGCGGUGUCUAUAGGACAAAUUUUGGAAUAAUUCAGCACAUUGUUUGAUGAAUCAUCUUUUCCUUGUGCACAUCUAAGGCAAGUUUAAAGAAAAUAAGAAACUAUUAGUUAUGCUUCGAUCAGAUCUUUUGUCCAACGUAGGCUGAAGCAAAGAGGUAGUACCAUAGUUAGAUUCUUCGGUAUUUUUGGUCUUAUUGUACAUGCCACUAACCAAUUAUUUUUGCUCUUGAUGUACAUGCCACUAACUUGGGGAAGAGCUUCAGGUACAUUCCCCUAACUUGAUUGGAAAGCCGCAUACCAGCAUAAGUUUGUGAGUGUGUGCCUCUGGGGAGAGGUAAGAGUGUGAAGAAAGCAAAUCCCUGCACCUUUGGCAAAUGCCAAUGUGAUUUAGACAGAACAGUCUAUACCAGACAGGAACAAUCUGGAACCACAGUAAAUAACUUGUCAAAGUAAUGUGAAUAUUAGAAUAUAUACAUGAUUGUUUGGCAUC